CGCGGACUCUGUGUGCGCAUGCGCAGCUGCUGCGCUCGUCAGAGGAGUCGAGUGCAACAGUCUGAAUGAGCUUCAUCAGUGCGUCCGAGUCUGAAGUGAUGAUGAUGGGGGACUGGAGCAGUGUUCACAACCAGACAGGUCAGUGCGCUCCGCUGCUGUCUCCUGCGGUCGGGACUCUGAAGCUGGUGUCCGGUGAUGGGACGAGUGUGGGCAGCGUGAUGAGCCUCCAGUGUCCCUCCAGACAUCGAACGGUCAGCGGCGGUCAGAUGUCCUGUGUGUGGAGCAGCAAUCAGACACACUGGAGCGGAGGGACUCCGGAGUGUAAACCUCUGUCUCGGUUCGAGGAUGAUGGCUUUCGUUUAGCUGUUCUGGCGUCCUUCAUCAGCCUAGCCAUCAUUCUCGUCAUGUGCAUUAUCUUCAUCACUUCCUGUCUGGUGAGACAUGUGAAGCGCGAGGAGAGGAGAAAGCUGGAGAGGGCAAGAAAAACUGGAACAUCAGAGUUUUGGCCUCAAAUUGGCGUUGAGGGUGUGGAGGUGCAGAGAGAGGUGUUACACAGUCAGAAAACCACAAACCACCACAACAACAACAACAACAACAACAACAACAACAGCGGAGGAGAGAGGGGGCACACAGACAAGCACAUCUGCAGCCACGGAGACCUCCACACUGCCUGCAGGUACUGUCCAAACACAUUUGCACUAACACCAUAUGCUGCCAUCACAAAGACAACGCAAGAGUGUCUUGAUCAAGGGAAGGCCGGUCCUCCGAGCGCCCAUCUGUCCCAGGUCUCUGUGAUACUCAGUCCUCCCACUGACUACCUCACAAACACACUCAUGGGCCCCGUCGAAGCCCGUGACGCUGCAGGGGACAGACAGGUUCAUGACCCGCUCUGGAACAGCCCUCGUCCACCGCCUGUCCACAUGAUGUCUGUGUGA